UAGUAUUCUGAAGGCUCAGGAAGCUGGCCUGUUCAGAUGUUCAUGGCCCAUGAGAAAGGCGUAUAAGAAACCAUGGCACUCCCUUUUCAAAAAGAGUUGGAGAAAUAUAAGAACAUCGAUGAAGAUGAGCUUCUUGGCAAACUCUCAGAAGAGGAACUGAAACACUUGGAAAAUGUUCUUGAUGACCUAGAUCCUGAGAGCGCGCUGCUGCCAGCUGGAUUCCGACAGAAAGACCAGACCCAAAAAGCGGCCACUGGCCCAUUUGACCGCGAGCACCUCCUCAUGUACCUGGAGAAGGAGGCUUUGGAACAGAAAGACAGGGAAGACGUUGUACCCUUCACUGGAGAAAAGAAAGGGAGAGUCUUUAUCCCCAAAGAAAAGCCCAUAGAAAUUCGUAAAGAAGAAAAAGUGACCCUUGACCCGGAACUGGAAGAAGCUUUGGCCAGCGCCUCUGACACUGAACUCUACGAUCUUGCAGCUGUCCUUGGAGUGCACAAUUUGCUCAAUAAUCCAAAGUUUGAUGAAGAAACAGUCAACACUAAAGGUGGCAAAGGGCCUGUGAGAAAUGUGGUCAAAGGCGAAAAGGUCAAGCCUAUAUUUGAGGAACCACCCAAUCCCACCAAUGUGGAAGCAAGUCUGCAGCAGAUGAAAGCCAAUGAUCCCAGCCUGCAAGAAGUCAAUCUCAACAACAUUAAGAACAUUCCAAUUCCAACCCUGAAGGAAUUUGCUAAGGCUCUGGAGACUAAUACUCACGUAAAGAAGUUCAGCCUGGCUGCAACCCGCAGCAAUGACCCUGUGGCAAUUGCUUUUGCAGAUAUGCUGAAAGUAAACAAGACCUUGAAAAGUUUAAACAUAGAGUCCAAUUUUAUAACUGGAACUGGGAUCCUGGCCCUGGUAGAGGCACUGAGAGAAAAUGACACCUUGACGGAGAUAAAGAUUGACAACCAGAGACAGCAGUUGGGAACAGCCGUAGAGAUGGAAAUUGCUCAGAUGCUCGAGGAGAAUUCAAGGAUCCUCAAGUUUGGAUAUCAGUUUACGAAGCAAGGGCCACGAACAAGGGUGGCAGCUGCCAUCACAAAGAAUAAUGACCUGGUUCGUAAAAAGCGAGUUGAAGGAGACCGAAGGUAAAUUUCUAGAACAAGAUAUGAAGUUUCACCGGCAACCAUUUAAAAACAAAAACUUUUCUCCUUCCCCUUCGGGACCAUUUUAUCAAAGGUCAUUGAUUUCCGUUAACCACACAACUAAUAAUUUAAUUGUUACUCUUUUUUAGCACUAAUUAUUUAUCUUGGAUUUUUUAAUAUAUACAAUUGUUUUAUUUGCUCAUGGGCACCUCUGGCACUUGUACCAGUGGAUUUAUGCCGAUCUUACUAGGUGACAACAAUCGAAAAUGAUAUAACCACUUUCAUAUUGGGUUGUCUUGCUUUCCUUACAUGAAUUUUUUUUAACCACUGAGAGGAAUCAAGUAUAUAAGUAUGUUUGUAACUGUGAUUAUGAUAGAGGCCUAUCUCUGUUUACAUGCAUAGCUUUGAGUUAGGCUAAAUACAUCAGAAGUGUUGAAGUUAGUAUUGCCAAUCUUUCACUGGGUGAGAAAAUGUGACCAACUUAGCAUAAAUUCUCUGUUAGUUCCAGAAAUAGCACUAAAUGCACAUGCCCCACUGAUCAGAGAUCAUUAGUGUCAUCAUAAAAGCAAGACAACAUUAUGAUACUUUAAAACAGCCUUAGCAAAUAAGUAUAAGUGUUCAUUAACCCACAAAUAUAGCUUCAAGCCAGACUUACAGGUGGCAAAAUGAAUUAGCACAGCUACCUUAAUUGAUUAUUCAUCAUAGAUUUAAUCUUUAACAUGACUCUCAAUGAUAACUUUUUACAAAGCUGUUUUAAAGAUUUCCAGACACGAUGGGAAACUUUUAAAUUUUGGUAAGAGGGAGGCUUUUAAAACAGUACAUUCCUAAAUAAAACAACAAUAAUUACACCUUAA